UGAGAGAAGUUUUCGAUUCGAGACAAAUCAGUGAAUCAGGUAUAGGCGCUGGCGCUCGACACGUGGCUCUCGAACCGGAUUCGGUUUCGUUUUUCUUCCUGUGUUAGAAUACGAAACGACGAGGGCCAUCUCGAGGAGGACUGCCGCCUACCGUUCUAAUUGAAAAUCGUUGUCGGCGUCAAGAGCGUCUACGCUUUCGGAGGCUCGAAUUGUGAGAACAUUUUCCCAAAAGUCUGAAAGUGGUCGGCGCGGCGGUGUAUGGUCGUACUGGUCGUUGAUGCACCGGGUCUCUAUUUGUGUCAAUUUGGUCGCAGCUUGAUGCGCAGGUCAAGGUUAGAAUAAUCCUCGGAGAUCCUCAGGCUCCUGAGUCUUUAGAGGAGCUCUUGUAGACGACACAAAGCAGAGGCAAUUCGUGCUCCUCUGCUCCGUUCGUUUCUGGCUUUCUAGUUGCGCAGAAAAUGAGUUCGGAAACCUUGUUCGAACCCGUGAGUAGCGACGAAGAAGAUGUCUUCGAAAGCGACUACGAGUCGAUAUCAGACGACUACCUAUCCGAUAUCUCUGACUUCGAAUACUGUAUCCUCGAUGAGGAAUCGAACGACAUAGAGAUAAGGGGAACGAUUUCCACAUUCAUCCACGACGACCGCGAAGAGCAAAAGGAGACCUCGGAGCCUCCGAAUAAGAUGGCCGGAUCGAAUAACAAAGUGCAAUGCAGGAAUAAAUGCAUUCUACGGGGUAAUUCCACAAACGGGGAGAAACGGGACACAAAAUCAUUGAGCGUGCUUGUGACCACGCAUCCUGAGGCACGAUUAGGUCAUCGCAGGCCGCGUGACGAGCUUGCUGACUGUCCCGCAGAGCCCUCGCCCACUCAUAAAGUGAAAAGUUGUUUGAAAGAAUUCGGCGAUAAAGUUGACGGUAGAAAUUUCGAUAUCAUGAGCCUCUACACAUGGGGCACUAAGGCCCAGCUACAGGAAGCCGUCGAUGCGCACAUGAGAUUCGCAAAACGGUUGAAACUGCAGAAUAGGGACACGUGAUGCGUAUUCCGCAUUGGUCGGGGAAUCCGCUCGCAUGUGGUUCGUCUGGAACUUCGUAGAACGUUACUCGCUGCAAAGCUGCUGCAGCUGUGGUCUGUUUUAAUUUUCUAACAUUCUGUAUACCGUUUAUCCUCAGCCUAUCCUGCGUCUGAAUGCUUGAAGCCAGGUAGGCACGUUGUCUCGAGAAAAUUGAUAUAAAUCCCCGCGAACCUUGUCCUCCACGCGGAAUCCUGGCGCAAA